GGAGUCUGGGCACGGGAAACGAAGCAGCCUGAAGAAAUUUGGAGAGAAGGAGUUUGAAGCAGCCUCGAUCUGAGCCCUGCAUUCUCAGGACUCUGCCUUUCUCCAGGAGGGGAAUAUAGAAGAGGAAAAAAAUGGUUCCUGUGUUCCAGACAGCCAGGUCCCAGGAAUCACUAACAUUUAAGGAUGUGGCUGUGAACUUUACCCAGGAAGAGUGGAUACAACUGAACUCUGCUCAGAGAGACCUGUACAGGGAUGUGAUGCUGAAGAACUAUAGAAAUCUGAUCUCAUUGGGGCUUUCCAUUUCUAAAUCUGACGUUAUCAUCCAAUUGGAGCAAAGGGAAGAACCUUGGAUAUUCAACCUGCAGAGAACUGAAGUGAGAAGGGUCCCAAUAAAUACUUCUCUGGUCUGGGAAAUAUACCUGAGGCCCAGGGGUCAACUCCAAAGAAGAACAAUCCUGAAGAAGUAGGAUCACCAGAAGUGUUAAUGAAAAGACUUAGAGGAGGAGGGUUUGUACCUGAGGGCAAAGUAGAAAGAUACAGACCAAAUACAGAAAGGAGGACAAGGGAAGAACCCCUUUCCCAUGAGAGAGAUUUCAAGCAAUUGUCAAUCAAACUUCCUCCAAAAAAUACUAAGGAAAAAGGCCCUGAAUGUGGUGAAUGCGGGAAAGCCUUUUUUGACCGAUCAACCCUUACUCGACAUCAGAGAACUCAUACUGGAGAGAAGCCCUUUGAAUGCAAUGAAUGUGGGAAAGCCUUCAGACAAAAUCUUAGCCUGCGCAGACAUCAGAUCAUUCACACAGGAGAAAGUCCCUAUGAAUGUAGUGAAUGUGGCAAAGCCUUUGACCGCUCAUCCCUUACUCAACAUCAGAAAAUUCAUAGUAAAGAGAAGCCCUAUAAAUGCACUGAAUGUGGGAGAGCCUUCCUCCAAAGAAGACACCUUAAUCAGCAUCAGAGAACUCAUACGAGAGAGAAACCCUAUGAAUGUAGUGUGUGUGGAAAAUUCUUCAGUAGCAAGUCAUCUGUCAUCAUACAUCAGCGACGUUAUGCCAAAGAGUAACCCUGGAAAUAUAAUUAAUUUGGAGAACAAUUUAGUCUGAAUUGUUAUUUUGCUAAAUACUCAAGAGGCAAGAAAACACAUAAAAGCUUAAUACAGACUUCCUCAAUUGCAAACAAAUUUGUUGUACAAACCUGAUAAUGUUCUGGUUGAUAUUUAAUUUCUCUCUUUUGAUGUCAAUUUUUUUUUUUGGCAAGGCAAUUGAGGUUAAGUGACUUGCCCAGAGUC